AUGAUCUCCACCAUCGGUUGGAAGAGCAUCUUCAAGCCAGCGAACAUCGGCAUUGCAUUUCUGGCUCUCUGUUCGACCGUGAAGAUUGCAUCGGCCGAAGUUCCUUCAUCAAAGCGCUUUGAUCUAUCGAAGCCAUCUUACGACUUGUUCCGCAGCAAACCCUUACAUGACGCGACCGUGCAACAAGGGUUUGCGUUCGACAACACCAACCGACGACUGUUCGUUUCUCAGCGGAGUGAUGGCUCCUCAGAGACAUCAGGGGAUUUAUGCAUUACCCAAUUGGAUUUUGAUGGCAACUAUAUUGGACAUAUGUAUCUGACUGGCUUCGGGCAUGGCGUCUCCUUCGGCGCCCAGGCUGAUGGGUCAUCUACAUACCUAUGGACUGAGGUAGAAGCCAAUUCGAAUGGGUAUGGAAAGAAGCUUGCCCGGUUCAAGUUCAGCAGUGGCAGCAAAGUCGCGUCUUCCUCAUCUUCGCUGGAGAAAUUCCAACCUAUCUCGGGCGCGACGGAACACACCUGCUCCAUUGACCCCGUCAACAACCGCCUGAUUGUCCGGUACAAUCUGAGCAGCGGCAAACACAUCGCAGUCUUUGACUUGGACGAAGCGACCGAUGGCAAUUUCAGUACCCCGCUGGCGAACUUCAAGCAUCCAUCAGCGAAUACCAAAUCAGCCACUUUCCAGGGCUACGCUGCGUAUGGCCAAUACAUCUAUCUGUUGACGGGCAAUUCCUACGAUGUCACGGAAGGAGCGGUCAAUUCUGAGAUUACUAGCGUUAACUUGAACACCGGUGCUGUGGUGCAAGGACCUACGUUGACGAAAGCUGGAUCUACGCUGUCGUUCCGUGAACCAGAAGGACUGGCAAUCUAUGAAACGGCCGGCGGAGAAGUUCGCCUCUUCCUGGGCUUUGCCUCCGGCACGGCCGGCGAUCGGAGGUCAAAUUUGUUCUAUAAAAAUGCGUUGGCUUAA